CUUCCUCCCGCUCAACCAACACCAGCUCCUCGAGACCCCCAAACUCAUCACGCCCUUCCCCCAGCUGACACCAGCUGCCCGCUUCCAACGCCACUCAUCAUUGUCGACUAGCUAGAGCUUCCUAGCAGUCCUCAUCGUUUAAUAAGGGGGGAAAGGAGCAGUAUCCUCCUCGAUUACCCCAUGAGUGCCAGAGGCGGAAGCCGACCACCUCCUCGAGGCCGCCCAAACAAGGUGACGAAGCCUUCCCCAGGAGGCCUCAAGCGCGACGCACACGGCCGCCAAAGCCGCCACUCCUCCGUCGCUACCGACCAGUUGGAGCAGCUCGCCCACGAUGCAGAGGCCGAGGCCGAGCACGAAGAUGACGACGAGAUAACCGCUCCUCCACCUCCUGGCUCCUCCCACCAUCAUCACCAGCAGCAUCACCAGCAGCAGCAUCAUCAUCACCCGAACCCCUUCGAUCUCGCCACAGCUGGCAUCCUAGCCAACGGUCCUCCUGGCUCCGUGCCCGGGACUGACUCCGAUAUCCACCCCGAUCUACACAAUCUGCCGGCCCAAUUCGCCAUGGAGGCCCCAAUGGGUACCCACGGCACCGGGACCUUGUCCCGGACGGCCGAGGACCUCGCCUCCGAGAGCGGAUAUGGGCAGCUAGUUAUCGAUAGUGCUCUCGCCAAGCGGCUGGCGAGCAACGAGGGACAACGGCCCGCGGUUCAGCGUCGCCAGGACCAGACUCUCAACCUGAAGAGAAGAAGCAACGUCGAGGCGUUACUGGCUCACGUGUCGGGGCAGGAAGCCCACAGUCCCUGCAAGAGCUGUCAUAAAGGGUAUGGGCCUUGGAACGGGUGUGUCGUCGUCAAUGGUCAGAUGUGUGGCAGCUGUGCGAACUGCUGGUUCAAUGCGAGCGGCUCCCGUUGUUCUUUUCAUGAAAACAACCUUCCCCAGCAUAUGCCAGCAAUCCAAAUACAGCCUGUGCCACAGGUAUCCGCGAACACAAGUUUUGCCGGCACAGCGCCGAUGGCUCCCGGCAUGGCCCCCGUAGGCCCCAGUUUCGGGCAGCCAGGCGCCGACCCGACGGUUGCCCAGUUUGUGAAGGAUGUGUUGGACAGGGCCAUGGUAGAGGCUCGGAGCGACAACCCUCACGUUCGAUUCCAGCUCCGGAUCGAAACGGCGGCGCGGCAGCUGGCUCUGGCUAGCGCCGAGUAUGCCGAGUUUCUCGCUCAGCAGGGAGGCCAUGACCCGAGUCAGCAUCCCGACGCAGAAGGCUCCGCGCCGGAGGCGGCGAUGGGGGAGGGGGACAACGGAGCUUGAGAAAGGCCCCGCACUUCUCCUGUGCCAUAGUCUUCCCCGUUUCGUUAUCCCGGCGUCAAAGUGUAAACGAAGAGAUGGUCCGACUCUUCGGAUGGUAUUAAUGCGUCGUGGGACAUUUUUUACCUUUUCUUCGGAUGCAACCAAAAGUGGGAUGCUCGAAUCGUUGCGAUUGCGCCACACAAUAGGGCCGCGAGCAUCAUGAGAUAUGCUGGUGUGUCUUCUUCACCGUCAUCGUACCACUUUGUAUUUCGAGCAGGCAGACCUGGGUGCUCGACUUACUCGCUCUCAAAAUAAACUUCCCUUGGCACCUGCGUCGUAGGGCUCAAUCAUAUAUGCGAGCAUAUGGGGAGCGGCGCGAGAACGAAUUGACGAAAUGGGACAUAAAGUGGACAUGGGGCUUCCCCUGCGCAAGGGACGACAGGUGGCAUGCGGCCAGAAUACAGGAUGGACACCACAUAACGCAGCAUCAAAGGACAAGCGAGCAUUUGAGGGUUAUGGCUGGCUGGUUCGCCACAGACAUACAAGAUGUGGACGAAGCAAGAGCUGGUCCCCAGCUAGCUACCUGUACAUCGUAGAUGAGGUUGAUGGGCGUGUGUACUCUGUACAUACGCAUACAGACUGAGAGCAGGGUCUCUCAAAUGCAUCAGCAGUAUUAACCUCAUUC